CGUGCAGUUGCAAGGCUGGACAAUCUGAAAGCUGUAAGCACGCAGUUGCAGUACUCCUGAUGUGUAACAGGCAAGGGAUACACAACCUUGAACACCUCAGUGUGACAGACUUGGAGUGUUCCUGGAAAGGAAACAAACGUAACAAAACUAUGUAUGAUGAGCCGACAAGACUGGAGGACUACUGCCAUGUUGAGCAGCUGCCAGUGCUAUUUCUUGUUCGUGCUGACAAACGUACAAGAAUAAUGAGUGAGAUUCAGGAGCUUUGCCCAGACUCUGUGCUCAACGUGCAUCGAACAAGGAGACGAGCCAAACAAGUAGUCGGUGGUGCCAGCCUAACCAAACAGAGCAGCGGAUGGUCGGCAAUCUUGUCAAAUGCGGAGGCUGGUACUGUGAUGGGUGCUUUGGCCGAGAAACAGCUGUCAUUCACACCUAGUGCUGACACCAUGCAGUUCUACAAGGAUAACAUCGUUAUCACAAAGGAUGAAGCAGAAAAAAUUCUACGUGACACCUACAAGGACAAGUUGAUCUGGAUGACUCAACGAAGGAACCGAAUAACUGGUACAACAUGCUACCCCUUGUUUACCUACAGCAAGAGGGACUGGCACCAGAAAGUUCUAAGCACAUUGCAUUCAUCAUUCAAAGGCAACAGUUCAACAAGAUAUGGCAAUGACAACGAAGAAGCUGCAAGGCUGAGAUAUGAAGAGGUCAUGCAAAGGAAGGUUAUCACUUGUGGGCUAGUGGUGUCUACAAAAAAUCCCUGGCUAGCUUGUUCUCCAGAUGGAGUGGUAAUGGAAGCAGGAUCCCCAUGUAAGCUUGUGGAAAUUAAGUGCCCUGUGAAAGGGAAGCAAGUGUGUGCAACAGAAGUGGUGGCUAGCUGCAAUUUCCUAGCAAGUGAUGGUGAAAACUACAAACUGAAGAAAAGGCAUACCUACUAUGCACAAGUGCAACUGGGCAUGGCCAUCUUGAAUGUAUGCCAGUGUGACUUUGUAGUAUAUGCAGCUUUUGAUAACUCUGUGCAUGUCAUUAACGUCAAAUUUGAUUACGAGUUUCUGUGGAAAAUGGUGUCACGCUUACACAACAUCUAUUUUGAGCAUGUGCUUUCAGCACUCUGUGCACAGCCUGUAAAUUAG